AUGAUUACCGUAUUGUCAGCCAUCUCAGCUGCGCCCUAUGCAGUUGGGCUAGGCUUGUUCCUUUUUGCUUAUUUCCUCGUGCUCCCUUAUGUUGAAUAUCUUCGGGACCCAAAAGGCCUGAGGAGAUACCCAAAUCUCACACCUUUCUCCGGAUUUUCAGCAGUUCCAUUCAUGAUCAUGGCUUCGCGGGGCUUCCGGUCGAUGGAAUUGAUUGAGUUGCACAAGAAGAACCCCGUCAUUCGAACAGGACCGAAUCAGCUGUCGUAUGGCGAUGUCAAGGCCAUUAAGGACAUCUAUGGCCACAACACCAAGUGUAUCAAGGACACCUCUUACGUGAUCACCUCUGGAACCCACUACAAUCUGGCAGAUGUUGUGGAUAAGCCCGACCAUGCCCGAAAGCGCAAGAACCUCUCUGCCGCAUAUGCCCUCAAGAACCUGGAGACGUGGGAACACAAAGUGACCGACAAGGUCCAAAGAAUGUUCAAGCAUUUUGACCAAGUCUGCACCAUGCCCGCCUCUGCGGAGGUGUCGUCUGGGAAAAUCGCACCGGACCAGAAAGACCUCACGCUUGACCUCCGAGCCUGGACCAACUUCUUCACCCUCGAUGCAAUCGCCGACAUAGGUCUCUCGGAGAAGUUAGGCUUCCUGGAUUCGGGUACUGAUGUCUGCAUUGCCGAAAGGAAAGAUGGCUCUACCUAUGAGACCAACUUGCGCGAAGCCCUCUACCCCACUGCUCGAAAGCAAUCCCUCAUCGUCUGGAACUAUGAGUGGUAUCCAGUUGUCAACAAGCUAGUCAACAUUAUCCCAUUCUUUGGUCGAAUGCAAACCUCGGCCGACAACUGGGAAAACAUCAUGUGGCGGCGUGGCAGUGAAAGACUGCGACGUUAUGAAGCCGGCGAGAAGCUCGAGGAUUUCUUCCAGGCUCUCAUGGAAGACAAGAAUGGAAAUGCCAAGAACCUCGAAUGGGGCGAGGUCGUUGCCGAGUGCAACAUCAUGAUGAACGCCGGCAGUGUGACUACGGCUGUUGCCAUCGCCAACGUGAUGUACCAGCUACUCCGCAACCCUCGAACCUUAGCCAAGCUGCGAGAGGAGCUUGACGCGAUUCUAGACGAAGACGAGGUUGUGGCCGAUUACGACAAAGUCAAGCAUCUACCUUACCUCCGAGCAUGCUUGGAUGAAUCCCUACGAAUCUUCCCGCCUACUUCACACGGUCUUCCGCGCGAAACUCCCGCCGAAGGCACGAAUAUUCUCGGGGACUGGGUUGCUGGUAACACCACCGUGAGCAUGUCUGCUCUCGUCGCACACCGUGACGAGAGUGUGUUCCCCAAUGCGGACCAGUAUAUUCCCGAGAGGUGGCUUGGAGAAGAAGGGAAGGCGUUGCAGCCGUAUUUGAUUGCCUUCUCUGCUGGUGCUAGGUCCUGUAUUGGUCGCAAUAUCUCGUACCUGGAGCAGACUAAGGCUGUUGCUUCUAUGGUGCACCGGUAUGAGUUUGCUCUGGCUCAUCCUGGUUGGGAAUUGAAGCGGUUGGAGACGAUGAAUUUGAUUUUGGGUGAUAUGCCGGUGAAAAUUUGGCGUCGUGAUUUGGGUGCUGAGGCUUAG